AUGACGAUAACCAAGCUGCCUGCCGAGAUAUUUUUUCAGAUCACAGCGUACCUAGAGCCUGAUGCAUGUUACCGGCUCAUCCAGGCCCUUGAUGGUCUUGAUCGACUUAUCGCGCCUGAAGAAUUCACAAAGAAGGCAAGAAAGACUGGAGAUACCAUUGUGCACCUGGCCGCAAGCAAAGGCGAUGAGAAAUUCAUACAAACCGUGCUUGCCAAGGGCGUGAACUUCGAAGUCCGGAAUAAUCGUGGGGUCACACCUUUAGCUCUGGCUGCACGUCGAGGACAUAGAGCAAUAGUGGAGCUUCUUAUUUCCGCUAAAGCAGAGGUCGAUGUAUCGGAUAAAGUUGGAUGCACUCCCCUACAUGCCGCGGCCUACCAUGGAUCAGAUAUGGUAGUCCAAGUACUCCUUGAUGCCGGUGCGAAUCCCUAUAGGACCUCUCAUCAUCAUGGCACCGCACUAAAUAUGGCCAUAAAGAACGGUCAUCUUUCUACUACGUCACUACUUCUGAGCAGGAUGCGACAGCCCCCAGAUACGACAGACGUAUUGAGUAGCGGUCUGGAUAUAGCGGCAAAAUAUGGCCGCACGGCAGUUUUCCAGCAUCUUAUUGCGGCGGGCUUUGAGAUUUCAGACAGGACUUUGCACGUUGCCGUCACAUCAGGAAGAGCAAAGAUAGUCAAGAUCCUUCUUGAUCAAGUAGAUUUCUCAGAGGAUGUAAGAUAUUGGGCUCUGCGGUUUUCUGCCCAGCUCGGGUACAAUUCGGUGGCACGUUUGCUAAUUAGGACCGGCCUGAAUAUCUCGGGUGAGGACACCUGGCUGGCACGGUUGAUCGGCUGUUUAGGCAAUAUCAAAAUACUUCGACUUCUCGAUAAGAUGGGUGUCGAUUUGGACAGAUUCUCAUUAUUGUGUGGUGCUGCCAGCCGUGGCCACACUGCAAUGAUUGAACAUUUGGCCUAUCCAGGAUGGUUGAGCCCUGACAUGCGCAGGCGAGCCCUCCUUGAUGCUACCAUGCUUAAAACUCUUCUUGACUGUGGUCUUGCGUUUGACAAAGAAGAAAAAGAAGAAGCCAUUUCCAGGGCGUCUACGGCUGGUCGUCUAGCCGUUCUAGAUUUACUUCUCGGACCAGGGGCUCAGUCUGACAUUCUGGCGCUUUAUCCUGCUGUCUAUGCUGGACAGGUUGAGAGGGUUCGCGCUAUCCUAGAUUUCCACAAGAAUCCUCAGUACAAUCUUUGUUUCCGGAAGUCCUUGUGGAGAGCAGCCGACGAUGGCCAUACUAUGAUAGUAGAGCUACUCUUGAAUGUCGGCGUAUCACCAGAUGACCUUCGCUUUGAUAGAGACUUUGCCCUUUACAGAGCAGCUGGGAAGGGUCACAGGGAGGUGGUUGAUUUGCUUAUCAAGGCUGGAGCCGAUAUUUCUCGUGAAAACGAUUUUAGGGGCCACGAACUAUCUGAUUACGACAAACACGGAUACACUCCACUCUAUAUUGCUGCCAGAGGUGGGCACGUGGCUGUGGUUGACAGUCUCAUCUCUUCCGGUGCAAUAGUUUCCUUCCAGGGAGUAAAAGGCUAUACUGCACUUCAUGCUGCGGCAAGCGCUGGCCAUCGUGAGGCGGUAGAGUCACUCAUCAAUGCUGGUGCCAAUAUCUGCACCCAAGACCAUUCCGGGGCCACACCUCUACAUUAUGCUGCGCAGCGUAAUCGUUUUCAGGUAGUUGAGCUGCUUGUUAAUCGCGGAGCUGAUCCGUCGAUCCUAGAUCGUGGAGGAAGAUCUGCUCUAAGUCGAGCCAUCGAGUUUGACCACGCUCAAGUUAUUGAAACCCUCAAUGCAGCAGGAAUUAUGGCAUGA